AAAUUAUUUUAUAGAUGAAUUAAAAUUAUAUACAAUCGAAAAUAAUUAAACGCGAACGUUUCAACGAAUAUGUAUCGAUUGUUUAAAAAUUUCUUCAUUUAGAUAAUUCUAAAUAAAUAAAAAUUUUUUCUGUAAGUAUAAAAAAUAUAUUCGGUAAUAACGGAUAGCAAGAACACGGAAAGGAGAGUGAAACGUGGGUAGGAGAGCUCAAAAACAAGAAGGAAAGAGAAACGAAUUCUCAUUACGUAUGGAAGAGCGUAACUUUUGAUUCAAAUGGAGAGUAAUUGCCACGACGCUCACCGAGAUUACCCCCGUGGGAUUGUUCGAUAUUCUCUCUCUCUCUCUCUUUAUCUCUCUUAGCGCAUUAUUCCUUCGACAAGAUCGAGGAAGACGCAAAGGGUGAGGGUGAUAUUGUGACAACGCCCGGUGAUACCUCGGCGCAACCCUAUAAAACCUCAGGAUCGCUGCUGUAUCGGCACCAAUCCGUUCCGAGAGCUUCUCGAGGAAACUGUGACAAGUAACAACAUCCAACGCGGGAGAAGAGAUGAUCGAAUUCAUCGGCAAAUUUCCCUGGACAUUGGGGACCUUCUCUUAUUCCUAUCUUCUUGUAUUAUUCUUCUUCUUGACGUCCUGUACAACCGCGGAAUACGAUUCAAGAGAUGUAGCGAGCAUGUCGAACGACAGAACGCAGGACAACGAUUUUCGUUCGUGUACUGAAGGAAAAUGCAUAAAGAGGACUACGCAAAAGAUGAGCAGCGGGAUGUGGUUCGGACCUCGACUUGGAAAACGUCGAAAGUUUGAGGGUAGAACGGGUAUGGACACCGAAUUGGAGGCUGUCGCAAAUGCUUUCGACGAUUCAGAUUGGACUAUUGUCGCUUUAUCAGGCGACAAGGGACGAACGACUAAUCGAGUCAAGGUCAAUCAAGAAGGAGAUUACGAUGAAAACGAACUUUUUACCAAAUAUUUAGCUUCGAAGAAUUCGGAGAGCGCACAAGACGAAGGGACGUUUUCCAACGAACCAUUUUCUUUGGCGAUUAAUCGCGGAAAUCGUCGAGUCCCUUUAACGAUUUCAUCGCGGUUUGCUCAUCGAUCGCGCGUUCCGCCGUUUUAGGAAAGGAAAAAAGAAUAAUAGCCCAUAGUUAACUCCCGAAACUUAUAAAACAAGAGAGAUUCGAUUAACCAACGUCUUAUUGGAAUUACUAAGAAAUAAAGUAUUCACGUUUGUUUGCAAUCCUUCAUUUAUUUCAUUUCGAUCCUAUCUUUCUUAAGACGUCAAAAAAUAAUCAUAUCGAAACGCGAUAUUUACGUUCGCGUAGCGUAGAUAAAAAAAAAAAAAAGGGGGUGUGUAUUAUUGCUCGAAGAUAUUAUUAUUGGUAGGAGAAGAAGGAGAGAGAGAGAGAGAGAGAGAAAAAGAGAGAGAGAAAAAGAAAGAAAGGAAGAAAGAAUGAAGGGAAGAGGAGGAUGGAGCACGGUGCAUUUAGGGGUAAUUCCUCGAGCAGCGCUCCGUACCGAUGGGCCAUGUGGUAACGUUAGAUACAGCUCGUAAUCAUAAAACACGAAAACACCGGGAACGUAUAGAAGAUACGGAGUUAACCCAUUACCUCGAUUUAUUUCGACGACGAAUAAAAGCAACGAAUCCAGUUAACAUUUACGAAUGUAAACUUGCGAGCAAAAACGAUCGGUAAAAAACAAAAUUUUCCGUCUACGAGAAACGGAAAAGAGACGUUCUUUCUAUCCGAUCGAAUUAAACCGAUUCAAUGCAAAAUGAUAAUUGGGUAAUUUGUCCAUUUAAGUAAUUAAUAAUAAUAAAAAAAAACCAAAAGAAAGAAAAUAUAAAAAGGAAAAUUAGCGACCCUUUUCUUUUUUCUUCUUCUUCGACAUACGCGACAAAUGCGGUAUUUGUUGAGCGAAAUUAAAGAUUCGGAUUGUGCUCGGUUUUUUUGACUUUUUUAUUAUUUAUAUAUUCACAAACGUUACAACUUCCAGCUACGCGUACAAGAUUCAAAAUUCAUUCAUACGUCACGUAUUAUCAGUAGAUUUAAACGCACACACACACACACACACACAUACAUACACACACGCGCGCGCGCGUGCACGCAUCGUUCGAUCAACCUAUAACUGUUAUUAUUAUUAUUAUCGUUUAAACUGCAUUUUCUAGCUUAAUUUAAUUUAACUCAGCAUCUAAGUCUUAUCGUUAAGUAUGUUUAUCGUAUAACUAUAUAUCUAUGUACAUGGCUGACAUGACUAUUAAUUAUCGUGAAACGAGGGAUCGCAAUUCGAGUCAUAUCUCGUAAUAACAAAUACGUACGUCUACGGUCUGUUAUUGUUAAUCAUUGUAUACGGGUUAUGUUGUACCUACAUUUGAAAAAAUAUUUAAAAAUUUCGCCAAACAUAAAGGUCGAAAGUGUUUCUUCUUUCUCUCUCUCUUUUUCUAACAAUUUUCUAUAUAUUUAACUAACUAGCACUCUUUUCUCUGUCCGUCUAUGUUUUUCCUUUUCUUUCUUAGCUCGUUGCGAAGACUUUUCUCGCUUGCUUAAAUCCUAGCUUUCGUUCUUUUCUCAUUUUUUUUCUCGACCUUUUCUUUCUCUCUCACGCAAGCUGCACUAAGUAUAUUUUUUAAUAUUCUUCCCGCAUUUUCGACACAUAAAAUUGAAACGUGGAAGAUGGUACGACGUAUUCAUGAGUAUUCGCAAGUAAAAUCUCGAUUGAAGGCACAAUUGCACGAACGAAAACCUGCUGCGAGUUUUAUUUUAUUUAUAAUUAUUACUUUUUCUUUUCCUUCCUUUUCUUUAUUUAGAAUUAAGCUUAAUCUGCAAGUUUUCUUUAUCUUCUUCUUUCUCUUUACCGGACAGUGAAUCGUUUCCGUUCUCGGAAUACUGCGCGACAUACGUUUAUGCGAACUACUCUGUUCCCAUUGAAUAUUAACAAAAUUCUCACAACCACGAGCUGUCCACGAUUUAUUUCCGUUUAUUUCCGCACGAUUUUACGAAGGAUCGAGGAUAACAUUAAUUCCGUGAGUCGAGAGCUUUACCGUUUAUUUUUUCUUUUUCCUUCGAUGAUAACUCGACGAAAAAAUCAAAUAUUUAUAUUUAACGAAAUCCUAAUCGAUACGUACACGUAGAAUUAAUAUGAAUGAAAUAAGAAAAAAUAAAAAUAAAAAAAAAAGAAGAAAAAAAGAAAAA